UUUACUUUACAAAUCCAUCGACAAGCAAGCGAUUCGUAUCUUCUGUCGUCGAGUAACUUCAGUGCCCGUACAGCACACAUUUCUGUCUCUUCCUCCUCGCUUGAGUUUCUCGUACCUUUGUACCACCACCGGUGGUUCCGCCAGAACGCUCGCCGAAAGAAGAGCGCCAUGGCCCGCGUGGUGGUUGAAGGGAUGCCGGAGUCGGCCGUCGGAGGAGGAGUGAUGCUGAACCGACGGAGGAGCAAAGGCAGGCGGAGAAAGCGAAAGGAGUUGUUGGCCAUCCAGAUGUGCUUAGCGGGGGUACUGCUGGGGCUCGUCGUAGGGCUCAAGUCCGUGGCACAGAAAGCAGGAUAUCAUGUUUCCAGUUCCGUGGUUGACGAGGGAGCGAGGUGGGAGAGCCGUCAUCUUCUACAAGAAGUCUACGACAACGAGUCAAAGCUCUACUCUGAGCCUGCAAAAAACUGCACAGAACCAGCAAUCCAUGAGUUUCCCAGGGAUUACUUCACCAACCAGGAGCGUGUUGAUGGAGCAGUGGGUCUACAUGUCCUUUGUACGGUCUACAUGUUCCUGGCCCUGGCCUUGGUGUGUGACGACUACUUUGUGCCGUCUCUGGAGAAGAUAUGUGAGCGUCUCCAGCUGAGUGAAGAUGUUGCCGGAGCAACCUUUAUGGCAGCAGGCAGUUCAGCUCCUGAACUGUUCACCUCUGUCAUUGGAGUUUUCAUCACGAAAGGUGAUGUCGGGGUUGGCACCAUCGUGGGCUCGGCCGUCUUCAACAUCCUCUGCAUUAUUGGAGUCUGUGGGAUAUUCGCCCUAGAGGCAAUUCGUCUCUCCCGCUGGCCUCUGCUCAGAGACUCUACGUACUACACCCUGUCUAUCUCUGCUCUUAUAGUGUUCAUCUAUGACGAAAAAGUGGUUUGGUGGGAAGCUCUCACGUUGAUUCUGAUGUAUUUCGUCUACAUUUUGAUCAUGAAGAUGAACUCCCAUAUUGUUCGUUUCCUGGAGAGGCGGAAGAAGAACCCGUCUAGUUUAAGGAACGGAGCUGCCAAUAACGCUGAGCUAGACGAUGGCUGUGAUGCUACCGCUGUUCUACUGAAGAAAGCGAACCACCACAGGAAGCCAUCGGUGCUGAUGGUGGACGAGCUGAUGUCGGCGUACCCCCACCAGCUGUCCUUCUCCGAGGCGGGCAUGAGAAUCAUGAUCACCAGUCACUUCUCCCCGAGAACCCGCCUCACCAUGGCUUCCCGCAUGCUUAUCACCGAGAGGCAGCGUCUAAUCAACACCCGGACUUUGACCAACGGUGACUCGGAUGUUCCAGUGAGAGGAGGAAGUAGGCGGGGCAUAGAAAAUGGGCUGUCCAAGGCUGAAAGGGGCGUCAGCGUGCGCCGCGACGACCAAGAGGCGGGCAACGAGACAGAGACCGAGGACAAUGAGAACAACGAGAACGAUGAAGAGGAAGAAGAAGAGGAAGGAGAGGGACCCUUGGUACCCUUCCAGUGCCCAGCGGGUGUGUUUAACAAGCUGAAGUGGCUGGUGGCCUGGCCUCUGUGUCUGCUGCUCUACUUCACCGUCCCCAACUGCGCCAAGCCUCGCUGGGAAAACUACUUCAUGCUAUCCUUCUUCUGCUCCACCCUGUGGAUUGCCGCCUUCUCCUACAUCAUGGUCUGGAUGGUAACAGUGAUAGGCUUCACACUCGGCAUCCCUGAUGUCAUCAUGGGCAUCACCUUCCUGGCAGCCGGCACCAGCGUCCCUGAUUGCAUGGCCAGCCUGAUAGUGGCAAGACAAGGAAUGGGAGACAUGGCGGUGUCCAACUCCAUCGGCAGUAACGUGUUUGACAUCUUGGUGGGGCUUGGUCUCCCCUGGGCCCUACAGACGCUGGCUAUCAACUACGGCUCCGAUAUCAAACUAAACAGUAAAGGACUGAUCUUCUCUGUGGGCCUCCUGCUGGCAUCUGUGUUUAUGACUGUCCUGGGAGUUCACCUUAACAAGUGGACAUUGGACAAGCGCCUGGGUUUCAUGUGUCUCCUCCUCUACUCCGUCUUCCUGUGUUUCUCCUGCCUCAUCGAGUACAACAUCUUCACCUUUGUCAAUCUGCCAACCUGCCGGGAUGACUGAGACAGACACACACACACACACACACACACGCACACACAAAUAAACAUAUGUGCACACACUCACACUAAAAGUGGUGUUUGCAAGGAAUUCUAAGUGAAGUGAAGUAUUAAAUGAGGGUGGUGUCCGACCAUAGAAUGUGUAACCAGAAAGUAUCAUUCUGAAUAUAACCGCAAGAAUUAUUUGCAAACACCGUUUGACACAGGUCUGAUUCACACUCACACACACUGUUUCCUGCUUUUAUUCUCGUCUAUGAGAAGACGUCCCACUCUGCUACUCUUUUUCUGAUGCCUGUCUUUCUACUCGGUGCAAUAUGGAGCUGCUCAGAUGUUUGCUCACGAUCAAUCAGAGUGCAGGAUUAAGUUUCAGGAGCAGAGAUGGAAAUGACUGACUCGUUACAAACCCUCACACAGGACAGCACUGAGGACAACACCCACAACAACAAAAACUCUCUGUCCGACUACUGCUUGUUUCUGACGUGAGGACCUUUUCUUUUGAAACUUCCCCGUAUUUAGGUGUGAAAGUAGUCAUGUUUUCUAGCUGCUAACCUUUCCUGAGAGGAAAGGCAGGUCUUUUAGAUCUACUAGUUGAGAGUAAUAAAUAUAAAAGCAAUGAUGUAAAUGGGUGGGAGGGUGUAGGUUAGCUCUGUGAUGCAGAUAA